AUGUCCACGAACGUCACGGUAGAGCGGCCAAUCCGGAGCCCGUACUGCAACAACAAGGAGUCGUUCCUUGGUGUGGGGAACACCGAGUGCUUGCACGAUAACAUUGAGACGGCGGUGAUUCUGCUCGCAGUCAUUGUGGUCGUGUCGAUUGGCGUGGAAAAGCUGAUCCACCACAUUCGCGGCUCUAUCAAGUGUCCGCAGCUCGGCAAGAUUGUCAACCGCAUGUUUGAGGAGAUCAUGAUCAUGGGGUUCCUCUCCAUGACCAUCUUUGCGCUCAACACGAGCGGUGCCAUGGUGUCGCUCACGCUGAACGAGCUCACGCCGUACGAGAAUCUCCGCUUCUACGAGUUCUUCCACUACAUUGUGUUCCUCACGAUGAUUUACUUCAUCAUCAUCGUCUUGCUGCUACUGUUCAUUGGUACCGUCGUGCCCAAGCUGAUUUGGGACAUCAAAAAGUCGCCCGACCACUGCAAUGAUGGCACCGUCGACAUCCACGGCAACGACACGUACGACACGCGAGACCCAAGUUUCAGCACCGGCUUUAGCAGCGAUUGUACUGGUAACAACCAUCGCAUGCGCCACUCCUUCAUCCGGGGCACAUCGUUUCUGGACCGUGAACUCAAUCCUCACGGCAGGAGCAGUAGUUUCACUGGUGACGCCGAACAUGGACCACAUGCCGACUACUACCUCUCUGUGCAGUCCCAGCAAAACUUUGACGAGGACGGCGUGUACCACAUGAUGGCGAAUCGAGAACGCGCAUUGUCCGGCACGGACCUCGUCAUUGGCUCACGAGCAUACAAUCUUCUUCUCCAGCGAUACCAACGGGAAGGAUGGUGCUUGCGCAUCAACAUUCACAAGCAAUGGAACUUGUGGAAGAGCUUUGAAAUCCUCGCGUACAACAUCUGCCAGAACCGAAGCGGGUACAUCUACAAGAACCCUGUGGAGAUGGAACGACUAUUUGGGAUCCGGCCGGCUGCUCAAGUUUACCACUCCAGACUUCAAAAGUUAGCCGGUGGCUACAAUGCACACGACGUGCAUCGCGAAGAACCCAUGACAUACGCCAAGUACCAUGUGCUCUGUAUGCGCAACAUGCUGCUCCACAUGACCCAUAUCCCUCCAAGCGCAUACCUGAUCUUCAUCGUCAUCUGCCUGUUGCCAACGCUCUUUCCUGACAAGGAUCGAUGGAUCUUCAUGGGCGUGGGGUUUAUCCUGCUGAUGGUGAACGUUGUCGUUUUCUUCAAGGUGCUGAAGAUCUUGCGCGGGAUCGUAGACGACCGUCUCCACGUCAUUUCUAAACGAGAAAUUGACGCGCGAUUCACGAAAGUGCUGGUGGAAUCUCUCGCCGUCUCACGUCAAAGCGCCAACAGGCUGCACUUGCUUUGUCACCCGACUCGAGCGGCGAGGAGCACGACUCAUCGGCUGGGAGAGGGCUCAAAAAAACUGCGGACUCCGUCCAAACGGGGAAUCAAGUUGUUCAAGUCAACUGCGCUUGCUGUCCGUGCUGUUAUUCGCAUGCAGAUGUCUGCACUUUGUCACCGGCAACUGCAUUACCACGACGACCGGUUCUGGUUCCACAGCCCCACGUUUUUGCUGCGCAUGUUCCAGUUCACUUCACAAUCGGUCAAGCUUUCUACCUGGUUUGGUUUUCGCUCGUUGAAAUUGCGAACUUGA